UUGAGGUCGUUGAGGUUGUGGUAGGGUACGGUCAAUUUGCUAUGUAAGACAUUCAUUCGUCUCCGUCAAGCUGUAAUGAAUUGUAAUUAGAUGUCUACAAGAACUGAAGUGUAGAAUACGUAAUAUAAUCAAAUAAGUAGUAUAACAAUCUUCCAGGUGCAAAGAGAAGUUCAGUCCAAAAUAUGUAUUAAUUUUUCACGGCAAAAUAUUGUGUUGUGCAAAAAGGAAUUGUUCCCAAAGUUAGAAAUGAGGAGUCGAAGUAAUUCAGGUGUUAGGUUAGAUUAUUACCAAAGAAUAGUUCACAAGAUCAUAAUGAAUCACCAGAACCCGGUAACAGGUCUGUUCCCAGCAAGCCCUCAGAACAAUCAUGCCUGGAUCCGAGACAAUGUUUACUGUAUACUUGCUGUCUGGGGACUAUCAAUGGCUUACAAGAAGAUAGCCGAUAUGGAUGAGGACAGAGCUAAGACUUACGAAUUAGAGCAGAGUUGUGUGAAGCUUAUGAGGGGACUCCUGAUGGCAAUGAUGCAGCAGAAGGAUAAGGUGGAGAAAUUCAAGUCGACACAGAAUCCGCUGGAUGCACUGCAUGCAAAGUACAGCUCCUCCACUGGUCAAACUGUUGUAGGGGACGAUGAGUGGGGGCAUCUUCAGAUUGAUGCUGUUUCAUUGUACCUCCUAGUACUGGCACAGAUGACUGCUUCAGGUCUUCAAAUUGUGUUCAGUUUGGAUGAAGUGUCAUUCAUUCAGAACCUCGUGUUCUAUAUUGAAUCAGCAUACUGUAUACCUGACUAUGGCAUCUGGGAGCGUGGAGACAAGACAAAUCAUGGAUUGCCAGAGCUAAAUGCAAGCUCUAUUGGAAUGGCAAAAGCUGCCAUGGAAGCAAUGAACGAACUCGAUUUGUUUGGAGCACGUGGUGGACCAUCAUCAAUAAUACAUGUUCUGGCAGAUGAGGCACAGAAAUGCCAGGCAGUUUUGCAGUCAAUGCUACCAAGGGAAUCAAGUUCUAAGGAGUUAGACAGCGGUUUAUUGUCUGUCAUCAGUUUUCCUGCAUUUGCAGUUGACGAUCCUCAGUUGAUCCAGCUCACAAGAGCAGCCAUUGUAUCAAAACUUCAAGGACGCUAUGGUUGCAAAAGGUUUCUUCGUGAUGGGCAUAAGACACCAAAGGAGGAUCCAAAUCGCCUGUACUAUGAGCCAUGGGAACUGAGAAUGUUUGAGAACAUUGAGUGCGAAUGGCCGUUGUUCCUCUGCUACCUCAUACUGGACUAUUGUUUCCAAGGGAACAAGAAUGCUGUCACUGAAUACACUGAAGCGCUGGAGGAGAUCAUGAUACGAACUGAAGAUGGGAUGAAACUUGUGCCAGAAUUGUAUGCUGUUCCGAAAGAUAAGGUCGCAGGAGAGUACCGUGAACCAGGUAGCCAAGAACGUGUUAUCUUAGGACGAUGUCCGUUUUUGUGGGCUCAGUCUCUUUACAUACUUGGUAAACUUCUCCAAGAGGGAUUUCUGGCUCCUGGUGAGCUUGAUCCAUUGAAUCGCCGGCUGUGCUCGGAGAAGAAGCCAGAUGUGGUGGUACAGGUGGUCAUCUUGGCAGAAGAUAAUGAUAUUCGUGAGAAGUUACGACAACACGACAUUAUAGUGCAGACUAUUGAUGAAGUUGCUCCAAUCGAAGUUCAGCCUGCUAGAGUACUGAGUCAUCUUUACACGUAUCUUGGUCGGAACAAGAAACUUGGACUGUCUGGUCGCAGAUCUCGCGAUGUUGGGAUCCUCAGCACAAGUAAACUGUACUCUUUACAUGAUCGGGUGUUUGCUUUCACACCUCAGUUGACAGACUUGACUCGUUUCUACAUCGCCUCUGAUUACGAGUUGAUGAUUGACAUUUUCAAGAGCGAAUUGAAUUUCCUGAAGUCUUCUUGGCAGAACAUGUUAGGCCGACCUCUUGUCGUCAUGGCAAUGAAGAGCAUUCAUCUAGGUACAUGGUGUGAUGAUCAAGGGAAGAUUCCACUAGCGAUGUUAACAACAAUGAAGAAACUGAAGAGCGGAUAUAUCAAUGGAACCAGGGUUACUCUGGGGAACCUGAAUGACUUCUUGAGUACAUCAUGCAUCACCAAUUUAAGCUUCCUUGGCAGCCAAGAGGAUGGUUUGCCAGAUCGGCUGAACCCACAAGUACAGACAUAUUUGGAAGAGCACUUGCUGAAGUCACUUGCUCCUCGUUCGCAGCUUCUGAACCGCCCGGCCAUACGUAAAGGGAGCACAAUGCGACGCCGUAUGUCAGUUAAGGGAGCCAUCAAGAAGACUCGAUCCAUAGCAGUAGAACCUGAUAUUUUGGGUAUGCAAGGUGAUGAGCAUUGGGAGAGACGAGCGUCUACUUUUGUGAACCCAUCUCAUUUGACAGCCGAAUCAGAAGCAGGCAAGGCAUCCCCUAGGUCACCCUCACCGGAAGAUAUGGUGCCGCUGUGGAAGCGGAGUGCAGCUCCCAGAGCAAGGAUGACUAAUGAGGCAGCACAGUAUGCUGACACAGAAGUUGAAGAACUUCUGACAAUGCUCAGAGAAACAGAACACCUGGAAGAGCAAGGAGACAUCUUGCAGUACCUAGUUGAUACACAGGGACUUGACUUCAACACAGGAAUUGUGGAAGAUGUUCAGAAUGUGACGGUUAAGGACUUGCUGAAAGUGCUGUAUGAAAAGGCCUGUCAGCAGAAACUCUGGGGUCUGGUCCGCCAUACAGCUGGAAUGCUGGGGAAAAGAGUGGAAGAUCUGGCAAAGGCAGUUACAGACCUCUUGGUUCGGCAAAAACAGGUGACCGUCGGCAUGCCUCCUGCAAACGAACACACUAUCACAGCACCUCUGCCUGAAAUUGAGCUGCGACAGUUGAUUCAUCAAGCAUAUGGUGAUGACGAGAGCACUGCCAUGUUGACGCAGGAGUUACUAGUUUAUUUGGCAAUGUUCAUAAGGACAGAACCACAGCUCUUCCUAGAAAUGUUGAGGCUACGAGUUGGUUUGAUUAUUCAGGUGAUGGCCACUGAACUCUCUCGAACGCUGAUCUGUACAGGAGAAGAAGCAUCUGAACACUUGUUGAACCUGUCUCCAUUUGAGAUGAAAAAUUUAUUGCACCACAUUUUGAGUGGGAAGGAAUUUGCUAUUAGCAGUGUUGGACGUGGUAACUUCUCAGUGAUCAGUUGUAAAUCAAGUCGUGUCAGUAAGAAAAGUCAGAUCGGUGGCCUCUUGGGAUGUGACUCAGAAGGGAUUGAAGACAUUGAACCAGACCGUCAAGGACAGUGGCUACGAAGGCGCAGACUCGAUGGAGCACUCAACAGGGUACCCAGAAAUUUUUACCCUCGUGUUUGGGGGGUACUAGAAAAGUGUCAGGGACUUGCCAUAGAAGGCAGAGUUCUCCCUCAGAACUUGACACAAGAGAUGACACCAGGAGAACUAAAGUUUGCCUUGGCAGUGGAGACAGUACUGAAUUCUAUUCCCCAGCCAGAAUAUCGACAGCUGAUUGUCGAGGCUCUUAUGGUGCUCACAUUAGUUACUGAAUACAACAUUGCUGGCUCUUUGGGGGGCAUCAUUGCAGUCGAAAAUCUUGUGCACAAGGCCAACCAGAUCUUCCUUGAAGAUCAGAUGAAAGUUAAUGGAGAUGCAACUCUGUGCUGUGCCAAGCCAAAAGAACAGCGAGAGAUGACAUCUAGCGGGGGACUUCUGUGCGGAGGAGCAGCAUAUAUCUGUCAGCAUUUUUAUGACAGUGCACCAAGCGGUAGCUAUGGCACAAUGACAUAUGUCACACGAGCAGUUGCUUCCCUUUUAGAUUGUCUGCCACGUGAUGGAGAAGUGGAUUGCUCUGUCAGUUGAGAUAUCAGUCACUGUUAAGAAUAAGUAUGAAACUGUAUUUGAAACUAGUGGAUAGGAUCAAGAGUACAAUGUACACAUGCAUGCACCUCGUUAAUAGUAUUCUGGAAAGAAACACAAUAGUGAUACAAAGAAUUCCUGGUUUUCAUUUUUCAGAUUUUUUUUUACAUUAACCUUAAUAUUUUGGUCAUUUCUUUGUUCCUGCCAGUUAUUAGUUUAUUGCUUUUUCCUUAGAACUACGUGAUGCUGUGGCACCCAGUAGCAUAGUUGGUUGAGGCACUAUGCUACAAGCCAGAAGGUCGUGGGAUCAAAUCCCAAUGAGGUGAAUUU